UUUCUUCUCCCUUAACUUUCCCUGCGUCGUCCCCUCAAAAAAAAAACCUUUCCCUUCAUCGUCAAUCUAGCUUCUUCGUCGGUGGUUCUGCCUCCUCGCCAGUCGCCACCUAUUAGCUUGCUCGGCCGUUGGUUCCAAGAAAAAACUUAUUUUGCUCGCGCCGGUGGUUUCAAGAAAGAAAGUUGCUCGUGUCCUAUUUUUCGUCAACCUCUUCGCCGCGCCUAGUAAUCUUCCCUGUCCCCUCUUUUAGGUUUGCUCAAUUCGUUUAUUUGAUUUUCGUUUUAAGAAUUAGGGUUUGUUCAUUUUGUUUUAAGGGUUCUGUGCGUUUGUUCAAUUCUUUUUUAGGGUUUGUUCAAUUCUUUUUUAGGGUUUGUUCAAUUCGUUUUUUCAAUUCGUUUUUAGGGUUCAAUUCGUUUGUUCAAUUCGUUUUUAGGGUUUGUUCAAUUUGUUUGUGUUUUUAGGGUUUUUAGAUUGGGAAGGAAUAGACGCAUCAUGACUAUACAGGAGACUGUUUGAAUGUAUAUGAUGGGUUUUGGACCUUUUGGUUCUGUCGUUUAUGUUAGAACAUUUUGGUGCGGUUACUUUACCUUCAUUAUUGUUGAAAAACUAUGCAAAUCACUGGAGUCAGAUAAUAGUACAGGUACCUGAUUUUCUCCCUUUAUGUGUGUUCUUGUUAACCACUGAUCUUAUCCUCUAUGGUCUGUUAAAUUUCAAUGUAGUUUUCAAACACUUUACCUAAUUUAUUGUACGUGAUAACGUUGUGAUUAAAGGUGGAGAUGAUUCAAAGGCAAGGUUAGUUUGUAAUUCUCACUUCUGCAGAAGUUAUUUCCUGUAUCUUAUACCUCGUGUAGCUAAUCACAAUAUAUUGACAGCAUUUUUCACCCAUUAGCCAUUUAGCCCGUGACUUUCAGAUAGGUGGUUGUAACUCUGAUCAUGUAGUGCAGUUACACCUUAAAUCUUCUGAAUUUGAGAUGAGUAGUUAUAUGUUUUUUGUUAUUUAGCUCAUUACCUAGUUUUCUUUCAUUGGUUUAGUUAUAUCCAUUUGUUAUUGGAUAUGCAACACUUUACUUACCACGGGAAGUGUGUCAUAUUGUUAUACUAGUAGUCUAUUUUGUCCUUUUGGAUCUUAACUCAUCUUUUAAAUCGUUCUUCCCCUUUCACAUGGUUGGAAAGUUAUCCUUGUCCGAUGGUCCUAGUUUCUUGUCUCGAUUUUAAUUACUAUGACUUUAUAGUUUGGUCCUGCAGUUUCCUACGCUCAUUUUGCAUCAGUAGGCAAGAGUUUUUCUGGUGCCUCCCUCUUGCUAGAUUUCGAUAUUAUAGAGGAAAUGGACCAAGCCUCUGAUUAGUCCAGGACUUUUUUUUCAUUUGGUUUUUAUUUUGGGUUGUCACCUAUGGUUUGGUGCUUGUGACAAACUUGCAUAUGGAGAAGCAUAAUUUAGUUUAGCUUAUACAAACGUAGGUUUUUACCUAUUCAAACUUAUCUUGCUCGGAAACGUAGCUUCUGGUACCUAUUAGAGUGUGGGAAUGGUGUAGCUUAUACUUUGUUGUGUUUGUGCGGCUUAGUGUAGCUUCUGGUACUGGUGUGUGUUGUUUGUGGUUGCUGCAGCUGCUUGGUCUCAGCAGACUGCGUUUUUUUUUCUCCUAUCUGCUCAUACAAAUCUUCAAGCAAAUCUAUUGUGUUUGGUGCAGCUUCUGAUUCUGGUCUGUGCAGUUUGUGUUUGCUGCAUUUGCUUGAUCUUUGCAGGUUGCUUUAUCUGGCCAGCAGCUGAUGCUUGUUAGGCUUGACACUAUGGUUGUGGCUUGUUGUUUGAAGGGUCUGCUGUGAUGCUGCUGCUUGAUCCUUUUUACUACUGGAAAAGCGAGAGAAUACAUAACCUUGCUUUCUGUGCGCACAUACCUAUACCUGUUGUUCAGUUGCUUGAUCCCUACUUUGUUUUUGUCUUUAGGUGGCUGAGUAUUCAGGACUGCUUGUACAGCCUCACAAGGCCAUAGUUGGAGCUAAUGCUUUUAAGCAUGAGAGUGAAUUCAUUAGGAGCAUGCCGGAUUUUACUCUCAAAUGAUGAUCCGUCGGGGUCUACGGUCGUCUAUUGAACCAGACUCAAAUACUGUUUGAACUAAACUGGGAUGUGAUGAACUUGUGGAACAUGGAGCUACUAUUGGAGAAACACCUACAGCUGUGGUCUGGAAGUGCAAGUAUACGAUUGCAAUGUUGUCUGAUCCCUCAGCCACCAUUUCGGUUGCUUUUGAUAAAGCCGGGGUCCUUGAGGAAAUCUGCAAUGGGAAAGGCUAUAUUGAUAUGUCAACUGUUGAUGCAGAUACAUCCGUAAAGAUUAGUGAGGGAGUUACAUCCAAGGGUGGGAGAUUUCUUGAAGGUCCUGUUUCUGGUAGCAAAAAGCCUGCGGAGGAUGGUCAAUUGAUUAUCCUAGCUGCUGGUGAGAAGGUAUAUACUCCGGGGAAUGCGCCUUAUGCUAGUGUGGAAAUUGAUGUGGUUCGUGAGCAAUUGGCAAAGUUUUUACCAACAAGUAUUUAUUAUUGGCCUGAGCGCGCUUGGUCGAGUUGUUUGAUAUUAAAAUGUAUGCGUACAUUGAAAUUGGAAAGUACAAAUAUUUAAUGUAGUACCUGCACUUUGGUUUUGGGAUAUAUUAAAUAUAUAAA